CAACCCUCACACAAAAAAUUUACUGGAUUCCUUCCAAGAGUGUGGAGGUAAACUAAGCGAAACCCUCUAACAAAUUAACCAUCUCAAGAAAUCCAACAACCCCCCAUCUCAAUCUUGAACAUUCGCUCUUCGACAACCGACAACCCGCACCGAUUAGCGAAACGUCUUGAGCAUCACAAAAACCGCAAUCAUGGCUGACGACCCCGACUACAACGCUGAGGAGGCCGCUGAGCUCAAGAAGCGCCGUCAGUUCCGCAAGUUUUCCUACCGAGGAAUCGACCUUGAUGCCCUUCUUGACCUCUCCUCCGAUCAACUACGUGAUGUCGUUCACUCCCGUGCCCGCCGUCGGAUCAACCGGGGUCUUAAGCGCAAGCCCAUGGGCCUGAUCAAGAAGCUCCGCAAGGCCAAGCAGGAGGCCAAGCCCAACGAGAAGCCCGACCUCGUCAAGACACACCUGCGAGACAUGAUCGUUGUCCCCGAGAUGAUUGGCAGCGUUAUCGGCAUCUACUCCGGCAAGGAGUUCAACCAGGUCGAAAUCCGACCGGAGAUGGUCGGCCAUUACCUGGGCGAAUUCUCCAUCUCAUACAAGCCUGUCAAGCACGGUAGACCCGGUAUCGGUGCUACUCACUCUUCUCGUUUCAUUCCCCUCAAGUAAACGUGUGGAAAAUGGAGGGUAUUUGCACUUGCAUUCACGGAUUGGGCGAACGGAAUGGUUCUUUUCGGUAGAUAGGCGAUGACCAUCAACCGACAUGGAUGCGCUGCAUGAUAAUGAAUGAAAUCAUAUUGCGCAUAACAAACACUAAUGGAAUCCGGCCGUGACUUGAACUGGUCUGACUGGUUUGCCUGCUUUGGCAUCCAUGUAUUCGAGUGAACUCUCCUAGGUAUAAUAUGCGUGCCGAAUUAGCCACAAGGGCCAUGAAACUCAGUGUACCAAUGCUACUCUUGCUUAGAUCAUUCCACCAUCUAUCUACGUCC